AUGAGAGACAUUGCAGGUACGACCAAUGUAUGGAAUAGCCGUUGCCGGAAGACCACCUCCUCUUUGGUCUAUCUCUCUUCCACAGCUGAAGAGCUGGAGGGGUCUUUAAGCAGCGCCUCGCUUGCAAUAACCUGGAAAUUCGCGGAAUCCCUGGAGAUCCAAGGACCAAAGAUGGCCCGAGCAAAAGAGUGCAGUCGAGUUUCCACUCAGUUCCUGGCAAUGGGAGCUAUUGCGUACGCUGCUACCGCCGUGGCAAAGCCUUCGUUUACCAAGAGGGCAAUUGAUGGAUCCAAAGUUCUUGCAUGGACUUCAGAUUGUGCUACGGCUGCAGCGACUGAUUUCAGCUUGGCCCGAGAGACCAUGCUUAACGAUCUGAGUAUCGAUUUCACCAACCCUGACCCAAUGGCUAUGGGGCUUUCCUCAUCAAGCUCCGAUAUGAAGUUAGUCUCUAUCCCCAGAGUGUCCUGGCCGAUAAAGAAUAUUGCUGGCCUUGUUACUAUCACUAAUGAUGGUGUCGCAAUCGCAGAGUUUGAGGCUCCAAGCACUCCUGAGGUUAAAGGUGCCAUUCUCAAGGCUGCCAUCGGAAACACUAUUCUAAGGGUUAUACCAGGACAGGAAGAAGCAUUCUCCAAGUUCAGUGAGGCCUUGAUAAGCAAGUCCUCUCAUACAUUCACCGUCAGCGGGAAUAUCGAUAUUGGCCUUAAGGUCUCAGGCAUUUCGCUCUUUAGCGGACCUAAUGGUGCUGCUCCUUCUGCUUCAUCAAAGAUUCUAACCGCCACCAAUGUCGGUUUCUCGUCCAUUGCUACUUUGCGGGCUUGCGAGCACAUUCUAGUGAAACCUAUGAGCCUAGUGAGCCUUAAAAAGGAUGCUGCUUCCGGGGCCGUUGAGUCUCCAAACCUAGUCCUAGAUAUAGGCGACAACGUUGUGGCAAUGACCAUGACGUCCAUUGACCCUGAUUUCUAUACUAUAUUGACAACCAAGAGCAAUACAUUCACCAUAACAGGUUUUGAAGGUUCAGUGAAAAACCCUAUUCUAGUCAAAGCAAUGCAUGUCUUUAGGAUUUCACUUACGAUCCCCAGAAUUGAGGUUGCAUAA